AUGGCUCCUACAAGGAUCUCGCUAAAGAUCAGGCGCAAGGAAAGCAACACCAAGAGGCCGAUCAUCAGCAAUCCUAUUGUCACAAAGUUGGAUCUUCUAGAUAUUCCCUCGAGCUGGUUGGAGCCGAGGACUUUACCCGAUCGCCAACAUGAAACGCCGCCUAAUACACUCACUACAUUCAUGCCAUCCACAGAAUACCUUCCUUGCCACACACUGGCUUUACACAAGAUUCAACCGUCGCAUCAAGCACCUGAUCACAUUCAGAUGCAGAUGAACCAGCAUAAUGACGAACGUGAGCGAGCAAAGAACUUGAUCAAUGGUAUUGUGGGCACUAGCUGUGGGUGGAUUACACCCCCAUCCAUUCAGCAGAGGCGCAAUGCAGAGUGCAUAGUCGAAGCGGGUAAAGCUGCGAAUAAGAGUUGGGAAGACUUUACAGAAUCAGUGUCCCAUAGCAGCAACCACCUGGUCAGAGCUAAGAAAAGCCAGAGCUCGAUGUUGUCAUCAACGUCGUCUUCAAACGCUGACGAUUGUGUCAAUACCUGUUGUCUGCCUCUACCAAAACAGAGCCGAGAACGAACACAAAGCACGUGCCAGUCAGGUCCUCGAUGCCCACGAAGAAGCGACUUCUCUACACGUCGAGCUUUUGACAAAGCAUACAUCAAGUACAGCAAGCGGUACUUUGAGCGGCAGCAGCACGCUCCAAUACCGACGGUUUCCAACAGUUGUGAGCAUGAUCUGGAUCCUCUUCCCACGUUUAAGACUGACGAAGCACGACAGGGCGCAAAACACCUGCAAAUGCUAUGCAUGCAAGCUGAAGAGCGAUAUGCUCAGGAGCAGGCCAAAUCCCGCUUCCUUCCCAUACAGCAUCAGGACAACCCUCUCGAAUCUCGAGACGAUGACCUCGAAGAUGCUUACUGGGACUACUCCCUCCCUCUUCCCGCUGGCCUGUCACGCAUGGCCAUACAACGCCGCGCUGGUGAUCAAGAACACUCAGUCAUCAAGAUCUUCCUUGACAAUCUUGCACAAACCUAUCAGAACUCACUUUCUUCACCUCUCGACAUGAUCCCAUCUAUCGAGAGCAGAAUAGCUACUGACAAAGUGGGCUUGAACAAUAACAUCCCGCCUUUCACGACGCAGUUCUUUGCUGAUCUACAUGAAGCUGAGGAGGGCUUGAGCAGGAGGGUGCGAGCUUCUAGCGAUUGGGGUGAGGGUCUCGAUGGUGGUGGUGGUGGGGAUACUGAAAGUCUGCAGCAAACGCCUACGCGAUUCAUGUUCGAUGAACGAGACGAAGAUUGCUGCUGA